GUUAUUUUAUGAAACUGGUGAAGUAGAUUUUAGUGGUCAAACCAAGAUUUAAACUCAGGUCUCUACCACAAAUUCAACGCUCUUUCUAAUAGUGGUUGCUCUCUGGGUCCUGGACCUGACUGGCCAUUCUGGAGGCUUCCACAGAGCCACAGUUGGAGCCCAAACCUGAGAGGAUGGCUUCAGAUGGAGCAUCUCCAUUGCCAGGACCGGAUAUAACCUUGAAACCUGGUACCACCCUGUCUCCUUUCACUGCACUUCCCUUUCCCCCACCUGCUUCUGGCCCACCAGAUCAGCCACCCUGGGAGCCGCCUCCACAGCCUCCCAUGCCUUCAGCAUUCUCUCCAGACAACCCUCUGCUGCUCUCUGUUCUCCCCAGCCCGUUGUUGGUGACAGGGGAUGGGGGCCCUGGCCCCACUGGGACUGGAGUCAUUGUCAAAGUCAAGACAGAAGUGGGGCCGGCUGAGCCCUCUCAGACUCAGAACUUUAUCCUUACUCAGCCAGCCCUCAACUGGAUUGCCUCAGGCAGUCCCUGCGGGGCCCCUGAGGGUCCUCCCCCGCGAUUCAUGACAGCCACUAACAUGAAGACUCUUCUGCCCACUAAGGCCGUUGGGGUCAGCCAGGAGGGUCUCCAGGAGUGUCUCCCGGGCCUUCCUGCUCGGGCUCCACCACCAGCUGCCCAACUGGCCCCCAUUGUGUCCCCGGAAAAGGCUUGGCCAGGGCCACACGGGGCAACUGGAGAAGGAGGUCCUUUGUCCACCCAAUCCAAGCCUUCACUGGGUGACCUCUCCUGUACCUCCAAGGGUGUGUAUGAGAACUUCCGACGCUGGCAGCGCUACAAAGUCUUGGCUCGGAGGCAUUUAUCUCAAAGUCCUGAUGCAGAAGCCCUUUCCUGCUUUCUUAUCCCUGUGCUUCGCUCUCUGGCUCGGCUGAAGCCCACGAUGACCCUGGAGGAGGGAUUGCCAAGGGCUGUGCAGGAGUGGGAGCAUACCAGCAACUUUGACCGGAUGAUCUUCUAUGAGAUGGCAGAAAAGUUCAUGGAGUUUGAGGCCGAGGAGGAGAUGCAGAUUCAGAACACACAGCUGAUGAACGGGUCCCAGGGCCUGCCUCCGGCAGCCUCUCUGAAACUUGAUCCUCCAGGACUCUUGGCCCAUGAGGCUAGACAGCAGCCAGCGUACAUUCCCAAAAAGGUGGCUUCCAAGGCCCGGGCCCCCCGUCGGCGGCAGCGCAAAACCCAGAGGCCUCCACUUCCUGAGGUACCCAAGGAAAUCCCACCAGAAGCUGUGAAAGAGUAUGCUGACAUCAUGGAAGGGCUCGUGGGGAGUCACUUGGCCAGCGGGGGGUCAGAUGGAAAACAAGAAGAGGAAGAAGAGCAGCAGCAGGAGGAGGAAGGGAUGUAUCCAGAUCCAGGCCUCCUAGGCUACAUCGAGGAGCUUUGUUCUCAGGAGGUCUUUGUCUCCAAGGUGGAGGCCGUCAUUCAUCCUCAAUUUCUGGCAGAUUUGCUGUCCCCAGAGCAGCAGAGGGAUCCAUUAGCCUUAAUUGAGGAACUAGAGCAAGAAGAGGGGCUCAGUCUCACCCAGCUGGUCCAGAAGCGACUCCUGGCCUUGGAAGAGGAGGCUGCAGAGGCAUCUCCGAGUUGUAGCGGAGCUCAAUCGGACUCCAGUCCUUCCGUUUCUGAUGAGGACGAAGAUGGAGGUGGGCGGCUUCGGCCCUCAGCUGGGCCUCGGGUGGCGGGGGACAGCACCGUUCGCCUUGGAAAGGCUGUUUUCCCAGGAAAACGGGCUCCGGAUGGCCGGCGGGGGAUGCGCAGAGAUGGGAAUGCUCUGCCAUCUCCCAGCAGCUGGGACCUGCAGCCAGAACUUACAGCUGCGCAGGAAUUUCGAGGGUCCCUAAAUAUGGAGAGAAGAGGGUGUGGGAAGGUGACAGAUCAAAUAUGCCCACAUCAGGAUGACCACCUGGGAGGUGCUAGGUCUCCUGGGCACUCCCUGGUGGCGGACAGCACUUCAGAGACUCCGCCCCUUUGUUGGCAGGAAGGCCCCCUGCUGGAGAUGGUUCCCAGUUUGGAUGUUGGAUUUGCAGGGCUGGCCCUUCUGCAAGGACAGGGGUUAGAAAAGCGGGUUGUGGGGUUGCAGAUGGGACAGCAGCUAGGGGGGCUCAGAGCGCUUCCUCAAGGGGAGGAGCUGUUAGCAGAGUCCCAGGAGAUGACAGAGUGGGGAGACGACAAAGGUCCUCCUGUAGUUCAGAGUUAUGAUCAGAGCCCUUCCCCUAAAGAAGCUGGGGACGGGGAUGGGGACAGAGCCUCUCUCAGUCCAGGACUUUGGCUGAGCAGUGAGCUGGAUGCUGUGGGCUUGGAGCUGCCCUUAGAGAUUGAGGAGGUUAUAGAGAACUUCCAUGUGAACUCCACUUCCAGGGAAUGUGUCACUGAGCAUCAGGGUGACUGCCAGGCACUGGGCUCCAGAGGCAACAUUUCUCUGGGUCCUGGAGAAACCACAGCACCUGGGGAAGGGGGGAGCACUGCAGUUCCCCAUGGAGGCACAGACGGCACAGCAGCUGUGCACAAGGGAAACUACAGCAGCCUGCCCAGACCUCUGAGGGCCAACAGCCCGUCCUUGGGGUCUAAAGGAAAUAGAGAACAGAGCCCUGAGGCUACAGGGGAUCCCAGUGAGUUGUGGGCUAAAGGCUGCCCCCCAAUGCUGGAGAGUAGUAUCAGCACCCCCACACUGGGGGCUCCCAAAGAAACCCUUCAGCCUGCAUGUCAAGGCAAUAUCUUUAUGCUGGGGACCCAGGGGAUCUCCUCCUUCCCUGAGGUCAGCCUAGAGGUGGGGAGCAGUGGCAAUUCCCUCUCUCCUCUGUUGGAAACCAUAGAACAGGUCGACAUACUAGAUAUUGGAGAUGCCUGUGGCCUUCAUCUAGGGGUCAGUCAGGAUACCUGCCUGCCAAAUGUUAAUUCUUAUGACCCCCAAGGAGAGCACAGGGAGGAUACUGAUGUAUCCAAGCCCCAAGACCUUGCUCCCUUACCAGGGAAUCAAGACUCUUAUGCACAUGGGACCCCCAAAUCAAUGUCUCCUCACCAGGGCCUUGAAAGCAUGUUCUCUAGAUGGGGAGCCAGGGAUGCCUUAGUUCUGAGAGAUGCUUCUCCUGUCAGUGAAACAUGCAGCUCAACAGAUGGGGCCAAAGGAAAGGAGGAGGAAGAGCAGAAGGAGGAGAGGGAAGAUGAGGAACUUGCCAGCUUUGCCUACCUCUUGGCUUCUAAACUUAGCCUGUCUCCCAGGGGGCCUCCCUUCAGUCCUCAUUCUGCUUCAGGCCCACUGCCCUCCACGAGAGGACAGAGGGUCCAGAGAGCAUCCAGCUCCCUCUCCGCUGAGGUGAGGGGCCUUGGCCAGCCUCCAUAUCCUGUGACCAAGUCUGGGAAGAGAACACUCAGUGGAAGUUCAGCUCCUGCUGACAAGAGGCCCUACAAGACACCUAUUGAUCUUGGUGUCUCUGGGGAGAAACCCCUGGCUCUGGAGGUGGUUCGGGCCUCACAGCCCCGUAAAAGGCGGCGUGAUACUUUUGUUACUGGCAGAAGGAAGAAACGACGGCGCAGCCACUAG